AUGUUUGACAAGUCAUCGGGCCAGGUCUUCAGAGAAUGGACGGUCCCACGACAGACCUUCACCAUCCACCGUGGCGACCGAGACUGGUCUCGCCGGAGACCGUAUGCGUUAUUCACUCCCCGGGGAACCAAAGGACCCCGAUCGCUGAUUGACAUGGCGACGCAUGUCGCUGCCGAUAACAUUGGAGAUGCAACUGAACACCACGUAGAGGCCAUGCCUGCCCGACUACUUUGGCGCGUCUGGCGGUUCCUCGAAGCAAGGGGGGCGUGCCUGCAUGCAUGGAAACUGUUCUCGAAAAUUUUGGUGGCAGACGACGAGGACAAAACACUUGGAUUAUAUCGAUUCAGGCAACACAUAUGCCACCCGGCAGAAGAGCUCAGAAUCUACACGGAGCCUUUGACCUCCUCAUCAAUUGACUUUGUCGCACACCUGGUCAUCAGUGGCGGCUGCCAGUUCAGCACCCCUGAACUGCUCUGUCUCGCAGGUAUGAAGAGUCUAGGGGUGCUGGAGAUUAUCCAACCCGCUGACGAGGUGCGAGCCACGUUUCCCCAGGUCAGCGACAGGCUCAUACGUGGCUGGGCCGAGAUGGAAAAUCCGUUCCCACUUUUGCGAGUAUUGCGCAUCUGGAGAGACCAAGAUACGACACAAGAGUCGCUUCGCUGGGUGACGAAAUUUCCAUCACUGGCAUUGUAUGAUGUCAUGGCUGCUCGAGACGACUGGCCUGAUCCAUCCGGCUCUGCCCUCGAGCAAGGCUGGGAGAUGGCCGGUUCCGGCAUGGAAGAUUCGUUGUCACGAUACCUGAUGCUUUUUGCACCGCUCGAGCAAAUUCGAAGCAGUCGCCUGAGAGAUCUUGCGAGAAGAGUGGAUGCGGACCUGUCUUCCCUCUGUGGCGACUCUCGUUGCGCUGUAAAGUUCGUCACGGGCCGUCAAGCGCCGCCUCUCCUGGACUACCUGACAGAUGCCGCCAAGGCCUUCCCCCCCACCUGGGACAUGGAAGCUUCCUCGAGAGACGUGGGAACUUGCCAUGGAGUCACAUUCGAGACAUGGGCCUUUUGGCUCUACGCCUUCAUCGGCCAGCUUGGCGGAGAUGAGGACUUGAGGUCCCGUGGCGUUCAGGCCGAUACCCAGGCCGUUGUCGGACCAUUCACUCUGCCCUCGAAACCUUUUGCCAGUUUAUUUCUGGGACACAAUGGUCGUGGCGGAAUCACAAAUACUCCAUCAUACGUCAGCCGGGGACUUUUUGCAACAAAGCGAAUGGCAUUUACGCGGCCUCGCAUCUUGCAAAGCCAGGAAGAGACUCUUUUGCCACGCAAAAAGUCGAGAGAAACAACAAACAUGGCAUGGGGUACACUGGCGGAACAUUCAUUGCGCAGCAAAAAGAGACAGAGGCUGGACGAUGUUUUGCAGUCGCUAACUAGAUAG